AAGCAGCAAGCAAGGAUGGAUGUGGACAGCCUUCUCUUGAAUGGAAGCAACAUGACAGCUCCCUGCGAACUGGGGAUCGAAAACGAGACGCUUUUCUGCUUGGAUCAGCCCCAUGCUUCCAAAGAGUGGCAGCCAGCCGUGCAGAUUCUCUUGUACUCCUUGAUAUUCCUGCUCAGUGUGCUGGGAAACACGCUGGUCAUUACGGUGCUGAUUCGGAACAAGAGGAUGAGAACGGUCACCAACAUCUUCCUGCUCUCCCUGGCUGUCAGUGACCUCAUGCUCUGCCUCUUCUGCAUGCCAUUCAACCUCAUCCCCAACCUGCUCAAGGAUUUCAUCUUUGGGAGUGCUGUCUGCAAGACCACCACCUAUUUCAUGGGCACCUCUGUGAGUGUCUCCACCUUUAAUCUGGUAGCCAUAUCGCUGGAGAGAUAUGGUGCAAUUUGCAAACCCUUACAGUCCCGCGUCUGGCAGACAAAAUCCCACGCUUUGAAGGUGAUUGCCGCUACCUGGUGCCUCUCCUUUACCCUCAUGACUCCGUACCCGAUUUAUAGCAACUUGGUGCCUUUUACCAAAAGUAACAAUCAGACCGCGAACAUGUGCCGCUUUCUACUGCCAAAUGAUGUCAUGCAGCAGUCCUGGCACACCUUCCUGUUACUCAUCCUCUUUCUCAUUCCUGGAAUUGUGAUGAUGGUGGCGUAUGGAUUAAUCUCUCUGGAACUUUACCAGGGAAUAAAGUUCGAUGCUAGUCAGAAGAAGUCUGCUAGAGAAAGGAAACCGCGCCCCGGCAGCGGCGGCAGAUACGAGGACAGCGAUGGGUGCUACCUGCAGCGGCCCAAGCCCCCAGGGGAAGCUAGCUGCAGCAGCUUGUCCACCAGCAGCAGCGGCAGGCUCAGCCGCAUCCGGAGCAGCAGCCCCGCCGCCAACCUGAUGGCCAAGAAGCGGGUGAUCCGCAUGCUCAUGGUCAUCGUGGUUCUCUUCUUCCUCUGCUGGAUGCCCAUCUUCAGCGCCAACGCCUGGCGGGCCUUUGACACCGCCUCUGCCGAGCGCCGCCUCUCCGGGACCCCCAUCUCCUUCAUCCUCCUGCUCUCCUACACCUCCUCCUGCGUCAACCCCAUCAUCUACUGCUUCAUGAACCAGCGAUUCCGCCUCGGCUUCAUGGCCACGUUCCCCUGCUGCCCCAAUUCUGGGCCCCCAGGAGCGAGAGGGGAGGCGGGGGAGGAGGUGGAGAGCAGGACCACCCGGGCCUCUCUGUCCAGGUGCUCCUACAGCCACGCGAGCGCCUCCGCCCCGCCCCCGUGAGCUGUGCCCUGGCCGCGAGCGCCAAAGGAUGGAGCGGGGACCGAGCGGGGCAGCAGAGAAGGAGGAAAAGAAGAAAGCAGGAGGAAGAGGAGGCAGGAAGUGAAGGAGAAGGAAGGCGCCAUCCCCAGUGGGAACUAUUCCUUGUCUGCUUGGCAUCCUUCGUCCGGGUGCCAGGGGAACACUACUAGGGCGGGACCGGGACUGGGUUUCCGGGCAGCUCCAGGCAGGCAGUUUCCAUACCAGUCACCAUUAGAAAAACCUCAGCAGGCCAGUAACAGGAGUCCAGCAGGACUCCUCCUGCACAUGCAAUUGCCAAGCACGUGUUCAAACUGGGACGCGGACCCUAAUGAGCUUAGAAGUGGGCUUUAGAAUGGGCUCUCACUCCCCAUAGGGACACCCCUUCUGUGCACUGCUGCUUCUGCUGAUGCAAAAUUUGGGGGGCUACUUUGGCCCCUGGGGAGUCCAUCACUCUUUCACGUACAUUCUGUAGCCACCCACCUCAUCAUGACACAAAUGGGAACACAAGCAAACCCUCUUCCGGCCGUUUUCUGUAGUAAAAGAACAGCCUGACUUGUUCUUGAGGUCGGUCAGGGGCAGUCAGAGACCUAAGU